AUGCCUAAAAAAAAACAAGGGAGGUUAGUAAUUAUUUUAAUAACUAAUAAAUUUAUCAAAUGAUUGUGACUUUUAAAGUUGUUAUAUAGAAAAUAAUUUGUUAUAAAAUUUGUUUUACUUUUUAUUGUCCUGUAAUAAUUUCAAAGCAUCUUAACUUAAACAAUCUAAGAAAAUCCAGAAUUUCUGUUUUUGAACAUAAAACAACACAUGUAAUUUGUAUAGUAAUCUGUAUAUUGAAUGUCAAGAGAGGUUAGGUUAUAAAAUAAAUAAAAAUUUCAUUUUUAUCAAUGUUAAAAAUAACAGAUCAAUAUAAGGAAGAAACAAGAAUAAAAUAUUUUGUAUUAUUUUCAAUAAAAACUUUACAAAUUACAAUCUCAAAUAAUUUUUUGUUUGUGAAUAAGUUGUUUAAAAAAUAAAAUAAUUUUAAUAAAUAUCUAUGUGUGUGUGUGUGUGUGUGUGUGUAUAUACAACUAAAUGAAACAAUUUACUAUUUGUCCAGUAUUAGAAUAAAUAUUGUCUCUUUACAUGCUUUCUUCAUAUAUUUUAAUUUAGAAAUAAUAUUUUUUUUACAUAUAGAGGUAAAACAGGAAAAGAAAAAAAGGAAGUUAAUAAGGAUAAUAAAGAGCAAUAUUUUGAAGAAAUUAUUGAUGUAGAUGAAAAUACUACAAAGGAUUUUGAAUUUUUAUCAAAUGCUCCAAUUUCUGGAAAUGAUGAUUUUGUUUUUGAAUCAGAAAAAAAUUGGGAUGUUGACGUUUUCAAAUACUCUGAUUUUUUUACACUUGAUCUAAAAACACUAUCUGCAGCAAUAGAAGCAAUUCCAUUUAAUGAAAAUGUUAAUAUUGAUAAAAAAUAUUUUACUGAUGAUCAGUUAACAGAUAUUUAUAAUACAGCAGAACGAGGUAAAGAAAAAUAUACCAAAAUAUUAAGUGACUCGGGAAAAGUAAUUACAAAUACAGAAGAUGAUGACAAAAGUCAGAAUUCAUUAGAAAAUACAGCUGAUGAUUUAGAUAGUUUAUUGUCUUGUCAAGAACCUGUGAUUGAUCCUUUAAUGAUUGUGAAAAAAUCGUUAUCUUUUUCUUCUAGUUCUGGUAUAUAUUUGAAAUUUAUUUUAAAAAUAUGACUUUUAAGAGAAUGCUAAUAAAAUACAUAUUUAUUACAGAUGCAAAGAUGACAAAUAAACCUAACACAUCAACCAAAUCUUUAGAUUUAGAAAAAUGGCUAGAUUCCAUAUUGGACGAUUAUAAUUAA